GAUUACAUUACUUCUAGCAAAGAGCCGGUCAUCUUGUGGGCUGGCCCUAAAAAAGAUUUACCCGUAAUUAUUUUUCGACCCGAGCUGACUGCAUGUGCUGUCGAUCAACGCUAUAAAUCGAUAGGAGAUAAAUUCCACAUGGCUUAUAAAGUAAUGUGUGAUUGUAAAUUAAUCCAUCAAGUAUUAACAGCCCAUGGAUUUCGAGAGGCUCAUCCUAAUAGUUCCAAUUUUAAUAUAAUGUGGACUGGAUCACAUUUAAAACCUUAUCUUAUGCGCGGUCUCCUCGAUUACCAACGCAUUAAUCAUUUUCCUAGAUCGUACGAGGUUACACGCAAAGAUCGAAUGUUUAAGAAUGUGCAAAGGAUGCAACAUCAGGUAAGAGACAAGACCUUUGAUUUUGUACCAAAGACUUUUGUAUUACCAGAGGAAUAUAACGAAUUUUAUGCAACAUUUAAGAGAGAAAAAGGACUAUGGAUUGUUAAGCCUAUCGCUUCAUCUAGAGGUCGUGGAAUAUUUCUGGUCAGCCAACCGAAUCAAGUCCCUCUAGAUGAAAAGUUAGUUGUGUCCCGCUAUGUUCGCAAUCCUUAUUGUAUUGAUGGCUAUAAAUUUGACAUUCGAUUGUAUGUUCUUGUAACAUCCUACGAUCCGUUAGUAAUUUACUUGUAUAAAGAAGGCCUAACAAGAUUUGCUACUAUGAAAUAUGACAAUGGAGUUAGAAAUAUAAAUAAAGCUUGUAUGCAUCUGACUAAUUAUAGUAUCAAUAAGAAAAGUAACGAUUAUAUCAGAUGUGAAGACCCAAACGUUGAAGAUUUUGGUAACAAAUGGAGUAUGAGUGCUAUGCUUAGAUAUUUAAAUGAAUAUGGAGAAGAUACUACUGCCUUGAUGAUUAGAAUUGAAGACGUCAUAAUUAAGACGAUAAUAAGUGCUGAGCUACCUAUUGCAACGGCCUGCAAAUCUUUUUUGCCACAUAGAAGAAAUUGCUUUGAGAUUUACGGAUUUGACAUCCUGGUAGAUGAAGACCUUAGACCGUGGGUACUAGAAGUUAAUCUAUCACCUAGUUUAGCAUGUGAUACACCUAUGGAUUUCAAAAUCAAGUCUAGCUUAAUUUGUGAUACGUUCAAUAUCAUUGGUGAGUUUAAUUUAUAA